GAAAGGGGAAGACACUCCCGGCUACGAAAAGAUGUGGACGAAAACCAUUGGUUUCGGGAUCACCUCAAUCAUUUUAGCCUAUAUUUAUGGCAAAUGGCACAAUUUACAGUUGCAGAGUUUGGAUGAAAAGGAACAAAAUAUAAUUGAAUCCUGGAAUGAUUUAAUCAUUGAGCCAAAACGAAAGUUUCGCCGAAUAAGUGUUGGUAUCAACUGUAACCUAGAUUUGAUCGUCUCUGGGACAGACUUGUUAACAGCUUUAGGUCAAAGUCCAGGAGAGUCUUUAGAUAGUGUUUCAUUGGAGGAUAUAGAUGAUCUACGUAACACAUUUACACAUUACUUUAAAAAAGGGGCUGCCGCAGAGAGAACUUUUACAGAUGAAAGGAAAUAUAAACAAAUAAUUGAGGUUGCAGAAAAGUUGCCAUCAAAACAGCACUAUAUUGGUGGUAAUGCAGCUCUAAUGGCAGCUAAAGUGGCGGAACUCUUCCCAAAUACAAAGAUACAACUGAUUGGACCUAUAGGCCCCUUAUUGAAAUCACUUCUCCCCAGAACUAUGUCAAUUCCUGAAAACAGUCACAUACCGUCAGAUGAAGUACAUCUUAUCAUGGAAUACGAACUGAAUGAGAACUGGGAAGGUUUAACGUCGCCAGUAGCAAACAGGUUUAUAACAAGUUACGAUGAGUCAAACUCUAAACUUACGUCACUGAAUAAAUUUUUCAGUGGUUUGACUCAUUUUGAUUCAGAUUUGAUCUUAUUGAGUGGUCUGCAUUUGUUAGAGACGCAAGGUUCGGCUUUAAUACGAGAGAAGAUUGCUGAGGUGAAAGAAGGUUUACAGAAAAUUCCAAAAAAUGUGCCUGUACAUUUAGAACUGGCCAGUAUGGCAAGUGAAGAAUUAGUUCAAGCCAUUUUAGAUCAGGUCCUUCCAGGAGUUACCUCUCUUGGUUUAAAUGAACAAGAAUUAUCUUUUUCUGCCCAUGUAGCAGAUGGUCCACAUUUUGAUGACUUUCACACACGGACUGGUCAACCAGAAAUACACAAAAUCAGUGAUAUGAUUCUAUGGAUCCUGAAAACAUAUGGUUAUUCUAAGGAGAACCCUUCCUCCAGACUGACAAGAGUUCAUUUCCAUUCUUUAACAUAUCAUAUAGUUGGUACCCUUCCUAGUGCGUGGCAUAAUACACAAUCAGCAGUUGCAGCUGGAACAAGAAUGGCAGGGAGACAAGCAUGUGAUGUUAACAAAUUAUCUCCCCCUGAUAUAGAGUUAAGAAUUCCAGGGACAUUUAAGUUAUUCUCAGGCCAAGAUGAUUAUACAUUUGAUGAAAAUAAUCCAGUAUUCUCAUGGGAGAGGGAAGGAUUUUAUUUUGUGUUUAGUCCUGUAUUAGUUUGUAUAUCACCAUUAAAAACUGUAGGAUUAGGAGAUGCAAUCUCAGCAACAGGUCUGAUGUACUCUGAUUUUGAUAUUUCAUAUAGAAACUCAUAGUCACUGGUUGUCAUAGAUUAAAUAUUUACUACCUGUUUAUAAUAUUAAUCCCUUGUUUUAGAUAAACAUGCCUUCAAAUUUACAUUAUAUUUCUAAUUGUUGUUAGAGUGAUAUUGCCCAAAAAGAACAAAAAAAACAAAAAAACUUUUUCCUACUUGUUUUAAAUAAUGGAUUUGCUAAGUUAUGAAUACAACAUUUUGCGUUAAGUAUUGAAUAAAUAAUGCAGAAAAUGUGCCAUAAACUGAAAUUAAUAAUGCAUAAUUUUAAGUAUAAAGUCUUAUAAGUAUAAAGUCCAGUAUGGAACUGUACAUCAGAUGUAUAGAUGUUUUGAGUAAUAACUUCAUUGAAAAAAAAUGACUAGAAGAUUCUCAGUAUUAUAAUUGUUGAUCAAUUUAACCCUUCACCUGUGGACUUUCUUAGAAUUUUUCCUACUUCCAUUCAAGUUUCAUGAAUGGUUGUUCACUAAUUGAAAAAUUACUAGUUGAAAGAUUAUUUUUGAUUACUUAUACAGAUUUUCAUUCUAGCAUAUAUUUCCACUCUUGUUGGAGUCAUCUUUUAUAAAGUUUUGGAAUAUAAAGAUAUAAAGAAGUUAGUUAGCCAACAGUAUAGAGUCCUGUAGAAGACUGCAGGAUGUACAAGCUGACCUGACUAUACUGGUGACAAAGGUUAGUUACUUCUUAUUGUAGCAGGGUAACAGUAAGCUGACCUGACUAUACUGGUGACAAAGGUUAGUUACUUCUUAUUGCAGCAGGGUAACAGUUAAAUCAAAUACAUAGGUAGAAGAAAUAUAACAACUAUUUCUAAGUAGCAUUUUAGUGGAGCUUCAAUUUACACCAUUGGGGUGUUUGUGGCCUUGUGGUUAAGGUCAUUAACUUCAAACCACAUGGCCCUCACAGCUGUGGGUUUGAAUUACACCAGGAACUUUGAAUUCUUUCAUGUGAGGAAGCUAUCCAGCUGGCUAACAGAACGUUGGUGGUUCUACUCAGGUGCCCAUUUAUGCCUGAAAUAAUGCACUGAGGUCUUUCUCCACGAGGAAAGCUGGAAAGUCGCCAUAUUAUCUUUACUGUGUUGUGAUGUAAACCCAACCUAAAAAAAUCAAACCAAUCACACCAUUGCUUUGAAAUUUGAUUAACACAGUUUCUAUAAAGUCCAGGAUUAUGUUUUACCUACAAACAGUGAGAAUGGUUAAGCAUGCUGUCCAACAGCAAGUUAAUUUUAGACAUUGGCAACCUGAUUGUUUAUUGUAUUAACCCUAACCCUCAGGAUAGGUGUGAUUACCUUUAUAAAAUAGUAUUGUAGGUAAGGUAUUAGCAAUUAGAUAUUUUUCAUGCUUAUCUUUACAGCUUAUAUUGACAGCUAUUUAUUUGAUUGUAUUUCAAUGUAUAUCAUCAUAGGAUUAGUGGGGUCAUAUCAUUACCAUACUAGGUUAAAGCUAAAGGGUGCUUUCAUUCUUGUUUACAACUGUGUUAAUGUUUUGAUUUAAUAUAAUUAUUGUUAGAACAGUGGUAAAAUAUUAGAAGUUAAGUGUACGUCUUUGACUUUGUAAAUACAUGAAGAGACACAUAUAGUCAGUAUCUGCCUGUAAAGUAGAAAGUUGUAUUAUGACAUAAGUUUUGUUAGAUAUUGCUUGUUUUUAGAAUGGACAAUAUUAUAAAUAAAAAUGCAAGAGGCACAUGCUUAGAUAUUUAAAGUCAACAUGUUAUAUGAGAAACAUACCCAACUUUCAGAUCCUUGAAUUGAUAUGUUGUUCAGGCAGAUUAUAACCCUGAAAAUUGAGCCGCACCAUGACAAAACCAACGUAAUGUGUUUGCGACCAGCAUGGAUCCAGACGAGCCUGCGCAUCCGCGCAGUCUGAUCAGAAUCCAUGCUGUUCGCUUACAAACCCUAUUACAAGUAGAGAAGACCGCCUCCGUGGCCGAGGGGUUAGAGUCGAUAACUUCUAAUCUACUUACCACUCUGGCGUGGGUUCGAUGCCAGGGAGAUGCUUUGGUAGUUUAGCACGGAGGAAGGUAGUCUAGUGCUUGUGUAACUCCAGGAACAAUGGUUAGGAAACUACCCGCCUAUAUGACUGAAAUACUGUUGGGAAAAGGCGUAAAAAAUUGAAACAAACAAAAACAAGUAGAGAAACUGAUAGCAAACAGCAUGGAUCCUGACCAGACUGCGCAAAUGCGCAGGCUGGUCUGGAUCCAUGCUGAUGGCAAACGCACUAUGUUGGUUUUGUCAUGACGCGGCUCAAAUGCUAUCAUUUUUAUUUCUCAGAAACUAUUUAUUCUUUUUAUCUUGUUACAUUUGCCAAAAGGUUACCCAUUGGCCAUAUAGAUUAACUAUAUUUUGCUUUUUUUGCUCUUUUAGCAAUUCAGUUGAAUUGGUAUAAUUUUACUUUGUUUACUUUUUGCAACUUUUACAACACAUAACUUCAUGAUCAGUGCUAAAAGUACCUUCUUACAUGCCCUAAAUUAAUAACUAAAGGUCAAAUAGCAUAUAAACAUUAAAUUUUAAAUUCUUACAUAUUUGAAGUAAAGCACUUAAAUUUAGGACAUUUUUUCACAAUAUAAAUAAUUACAUUCAUUUGAAAAUCGGGUGAGGGAAUGAUCUGAAAAGUUAUUGGUCUAGUACACAAAUUUCUAGCCAUGUCAAAAAAGUUCAGUGGAGUCCCUUUAAUACGAAAUUAAACAUGUUUGACCUUCCUAAAGAGUUUGAAAAAAAUAUUGAUUUAUGAGGCAUAGUGUGCUUGUGUUUAUUCUAGAAUUUUCUGAUUUUGAUGUUUACAUUUGUAUGUUAAUGUUUCUUAUGCACUAGUAGAAAUGUUUCUUGAAAAUUAUUACCAGUUUAUGAUUCCCUUUUGAAUUUGAUAUCGUAUUUUAUUCAUCCUGUGAGAAUUUUCUGUAAUCCUUCAAUUUCAGUCACUCCUCCCUGCUUUAUUGUGAUUUAUUUUAUCAUUGCUUCAGUUUAAUUCUCCUUCAUAUACUAUUCUCAGAGUACCAAUCUUUGUUAUAUAUGUAUUUUUUUACACUGCAUUACAAUUAUUCUGACCAUAUACUAAAUAUUACAUAAGAGUGGCGGUGUGGCUGAGUGGUUUACGCGUCAGAGAAGUAUUCUAAGGAAUGCUGACCGCGUGGGUUCAAACCCUGUCAGGGGCAAGCCGUUGUUUCCUUGAGCAAGGAACUUUACAUUCAUUGCUUAGUACUGGUUGGUUCCAGGAACGGAUUCGAGAGUGUUUCAAUAAGCUUAUACCUUCCAAAUAAAUUUGUAUAAACUAAACUAAAUAUUACAUAUGCAUUUACCCCCCCCCCUUUUCCCCACCCACUUCUUAUUUACAUAUCUUCCCUCCCAAUGCUGUUUCCUCUAUUCUUGCAUUAUUAAAAUAUUCCUCACCCUAAGUUACAUUUAUUUUCCUUCAUUUACAUAUGUUUCUCUCACACUUGCAUAACAUUUCUUCCUACCCAACAUUUUAUUGGCCCUUUUACUGCAUUAUAUAUUCCCCCACAUUCCAUUUCAUUUCUUCCAACCCCACCUUUUGUUGACCCCUUUACUGCAUAAUACCCACCCCUUCACAUUUUCUUCAAUUCAUACCGUCAUUAUACAUGUCUGUCAACCCCAUGAUUUUAUUUUUCACAUCAUCUUUUAUUUUGUAUGUUAGUUAUGUAUAUAACAGGAAAUAUACGCAGGGACCAUUUUUUGUUAUGGUGUCAGGAUUUAUUUCACUUUAUUUAUUUAUACAUGUAUACCAUACUUAACUUACAACACUUUUUGUUAUAUCAUAAAUCUAUCUUUGAAGUAUUAUUGCUUGGCAGUUUUACUUGUUAAAACAUUAAGCUACUGAUUUGUCAAGGUUUAUAAUUAAGUUCUAUGUGUUAAAAAGAUAAAAAGAUUGCUGUAUUUGUUUGUUUCUUUUGAUGGCUCUGGCCCUCUCUAUAUUUGUUGUUUUUAAUACAUAUUCAGAUGGGCAUGAUAACUUAUAUUAAAGUAAGAUUUAGGAAUACAUUCACAUUACAUACAUUGUAUAAAAUGACUAUAUAGAAAAAUGUUAGUCAGUAAUUACAUGUAUCUGACAAUCAUUGUUUGAUAAGUAUCUUGUUACUGUAGCAACAAUUUAGCUUCUUUUUUUGCAAAUUAUAUGAUAGCUUAAAGGGACUCCACUGAGGAUUUUUGACAUGACUGGACUGAUAAUAUUUUUUACAGAUUAAUGUUCCAUUUGAUGUAGGUCUAGACCAAUAAAGUGUGUGCAGAAUUUCAAAUCAUUCACCAGUUCCGUUUAUCGUAAAUAAAUAAUUCUAAUUGUGAAAAAUGACUCGAACUUUAAAG